CCCGGGGGCAGCCGAGGCGGAGGCGGCGCGAUGGCGGCGGCGGCGGCGCUGUGGGAGGCGAAGCGAGCGCUGCGGGCCGAGCUGCGGCGGCGGCUGCGCGCGCUGAGCGAGGUGGAGAAGCGGCGCCAGUCCCGCCUGCUCGGCCGCCAGGUGAUUGGCCAUCCCAAGUACAAAGAGUCCCAAAGAAUUGCAGUCUUCCUGAGCAUGCAAGAUGAAAUCCAGACAGAAGACAUCAUUAAGGACAUUUUUAAGCAAGGCAAAGAGUGUUUCAUUCCACAGUACAAGCCACAGAGCAACCACAUGGAUAUGCUAAAGUUGGUAUCAGUUGAAGAAAUUUCUUCACUUCCUGUGACAUCCUGGAAUAUCCUCCAACCCAGUGAUGAUGACAUACGGGAAGAAGCUUUGUCCAGGGGGGGUCUUGACCUCAUCCUCAUGCCAGGCCUUGGGUUCGACAAAAAUGGCAACAGACUGGGAAGAGGAAAGGGAUACUAUGACACCUACCUUGAACGAUGUAUGAAACACCCCAGAGGGAAACCUUACACCAUUGCCUUAGCUUUCAAGGAGCAGAUCUGUGAGUCAGUACCAGUGUCAGAAAAUGAUAUCCAAAUAGAUGAAGUCCUAUAUGAAGACAGCUAAGUGGCUUUUGAAACCGACUGAUCGCGGAACGGCCAACCAAAGACUUCAUGUCCUAUUGGCACAUCUUUGUCAUCAUCAUACAUGACUUUUGUGAGGGUACAAUACAUUAUUUUUUUUCUGACCAAAAGAAAAGUCAGCAAAACAACAUUCUUGCUAAUAAGGACUGUAUUGAUCUCAUCCUAAUUAGGUAAUAUCUAGUGAAAAGUCUUAUUCUGGAAUCAAUAGAAACAUGAAUGUGUGACUAUGUUUUCAUUAAAAUAAAGAUCAUUUAAUCUAA